GGAGAGUGUCAGUUAGAAGUGGACUUUGUGGAUGAAGGUGACCUUGAAAGACGUUUCAAUUAUUGUUCUACAAAUCCUGGUCACAGACAAUUUUUGUCAUUUAAUACUUUACAAUAAAAUGAUUUACCUGAACAUCAAAGAAAAAUUUGUGCCUUAGAUUUCAUUCAUCAUGUCGCACAGUUCACUGUGAGGCUACUGGUAAAUUUAAUUAGUCCAGACAGACCAUGUAUUUGUGGACAAGAACACACAAGCCAAGACAGACAAUGUCAAUGUUUGAGAGGAAAUGUGAGACACGUAGGAAGUGGUUUGGUAACGGGAAUGGCUGGACCUGAUCAACUAACUCCUGACGUCAGAGACUCCACAAAAACCUAUUUUAUACUGGUCACAGCCGCACAUGUUAUAUUUGACACAAGUGAAGCCCAGAAGACAGAGAUUGAAUUUUUUUAUGAUGAUCCACAUGACAGGAGUUCAAUGAGAAAAGCUUUUGGUUUGAGAGUUUUAAAUACAAACUUAGAAGCUGACUUUAGUGAAGUGCUCUGUGUUACUGAGGAUCACGUGAUUUCUGGAAAAUUGAAUAAUUGCAAGUUUAAUAUAAAAGGAAGCGAUGAAAUAUCAGCAAAAAGUUCAUCAUGGGAUUUGUCCCAUAGCGCUAGUUUUCUAAAGGAAUGUCAAACAUUAUCUCUGGAUCUUGCUGUUCACAUCUCCCAUCCCCACGGGACAUCAAAGAAAGUAACUUUUGGAAACAUCGUUAGUGCAGACACACGUCACGGACAUUACCAACUAAUUUAUAGUCUGGCAACAUGUAAAGGGUCAUCUGGUGGACCUGUCUUUGUUAUUCCCGAAAAUAUAUAUGGCAUAAACUAUACAUUUAAAAACUUAGAAUCUAUUUAUAGUGUCCCACAUGCAAGACAUCAUGGCAAUGAGUUGAAUUCAAGUUCAUCGUGGACUGAGUAUUAUUCUAAAAAUCCUGAGCCU